AUGGAGAACGAAAAGGAAAAUCCCUUUUUUGAGCCUCAUAAAAGGGGACUGAUGAAAACACCUCUGAAAGAAUCCACGACGGCAAAUAUAGUGUUGGCAGACAUUCAACCUGACCUUGGUCCUCUGACAACACCCACCAAGCCCAAGGAAAUUGCCCAGGGAGAACCCUGGACACCAACAGCUAAUCUGAAAAUGCUCAUCAGUGCCGUAAGCCCAGAAAUCCGCAACAGAGAUCAGAAAAGGGGGCUGUUUGACAAUAGUAAUGGAUUACCUGAAGCCAAAGAUUGUUUGCAUGAACACUUAUCUGGAGAUGAAUAUGAGAAAUCUCAACCAAGCCGAAAAGAGAAAAGUUUAGGAUUAUUGUGUCAUAAGUUCUUAGCAAGAUAUCCGAAGUAUCCUAACCCUGCUUUGAAUAAUGACAUCUGUCUUGAUGAAGUAGCUGAGGAACUUAACGUUGAGCGUCGGCGCAUCUAUGAUAUCGUCAAUGUCUUGGAGAGUUUACAUAUGGUGAGCCGAUUGGCCAAAAACAGGUACACAUGGCACGGGAGACAUAAUCUCACCAAAACCCUUGGGACACUGAAAAGCGUUGGGAUGGAGAACAAGUAUGCUGAACAGAUUAUGAUGAUCAAGAAAAAAGAAUAUGAACAAGAGUUUGACUUCAGUAAGAGUUACAGUAUAGAGGAUCAUCUCAUCAAAUCAAAUACUGGCCAAAAUGGACACCCAGACAUGUGUUUUGUGGAACUCCCUGGAAUGGAAUUUAGGGCAGCCUCUGUAAACAGCCGCAAAGACAAGUCUUUGAGAGUGAUGAGCCAGAAAUUUGUGAUGCUUUUUUUGGUAUCGACGCCUCAAAUAGUAAGCCUAGAAAUCGCUGCAAAGAUUUUAAUUGGGGAAGACCACGUGGAAGAUUUGGACAGAAGCAAGUUUAAAACAAAAAUAAGGAGGUUGUAUGAUAUAGCUAAUGUUCUGAGUAGCCUGGAUCUUAUCAAGAAAGUUCAUGUUACAGAGGAAAGAGGCCGAAAACCAGCUUUUAAAUGGACAGGCCCAGAAAUCAGUUCAAAUUCUGGUGGUCUCAGCCCAGUCAACCCUUUUGCCCCCUCGGAUUUGGAAGUGAAGCAGUCUUCAAAAGAGAACUGUGCCAAGAACCUCUUUUCCGCCAGUGGGAAGCCAAAUUUUACCAGACACCCAUCUCUUAUCAAACUAGUAAAGAGCAUAGAAAAUGAUCGGAGAAAGAUAAAUUCUGCUCCCAGCAGCCCUAUCAAGGCCAAUAAAGCUGAAAAUUCUCAGAAUUCUGCACCGUUCCCAAAUAAAAUGGCUCAGCUUGCAGCUAUUUGUAAAAUGCAGUUAGAAGAGCAAUCAAGUGAACCCAGAAAGAAAGUGAAAGUCCAGCUGACAAGAGCUGGGCACUGCAAACCAGUGGCCCCUCUGGACACCUCAUCGAGCGCAGAGCUGGAGCUGACAGCACCAUCCCUCAUCCAGCCCCUGGGGGUGGUCCCCCUGAUCCCCAGCCCACUGUCUUCGGCUGUGCCUGUGAUCCUACCUCAGGCCCCUUCGGGUCCAUCCUAUGCCAUCUACUUGCAACCUGCCCAAGCCCAAACUUUGACCCCGCAGCAAGGCCUGAGUCCAACAGUUUGUCAAACCCCCUCUGCUAAAACUCUGAGAUCAAAAGACUCUGCGGAUUCCACCACUGAGAAGGUGACCAGUGAUUCCUCUAAGUCCUAUACCUCCGCCAGACCUGGCAGCUUGCUGCCAGGACCAGAAAGACAGGGUGCCAAGCAUCAAGACAGGGAGCCGGCUGGUGAAAGGGGCCCAAAGAGGGCAAGCCUGCAUGAGGACGGUGGCUCCAAAAAGAGAUUUAGAGACGACCUGAAAGGACUUGAAAAUGUCUCCACGACCUUAUUCCCAUCAGGAUACCUAAUCCCUCUCACCCAGUGCUCAACCCUGGGGACAGAGUCCAUUUUGCCUAAUAAAGAAAACGCGGGGACCCUUUCCCCCAACCACAGGAUCUACAGCUCCCCAAUCACAGGUGUCAUUCCCGUGACCUCCUCCGAACUCACUGCUGUCAAUUUUCCCUCUUUCCACGUGACACCUUUGAAGCUCAUGGUCUCACCAACUUCUGUGGCUGCUGUACCUGUUGGGAACAGCCCGGCUCUUGCUUCCAGCCACCCUGUUCCCGUGCAGAACCCCCCCAGCUCAGCCAUUGUAAACUUCACCCUGCAGCACCUGGGGCUCCUUUCCUCAAGUGUGCAGGUGACCGCCAGCCCUGCGCCCGGCUCUAUCCCCGUGUCCCCCCGAGUAGAGGCCGUGAGUGUGACUCUGGACAGUACAGGCGCACAGCAAGGGAAGGCGAGCAGGUUCGACUCACCAGUCUCUGGCCAGAGCCAGCCAAAUGGACAAUCCGCCUCUGGAUCUGGGGCACAGCAGCCUGUUCCUGUGACACCCAAAGGGUCACAAUUAGUGGCCGAAAGUUUCUUCCGUACCCCAGGAGGACCAACAAAGCCGAACGGCUCCCCCUGCGUGGAUUUUGAUGGUGCUAAUAAAACCUCCGUUGGAACACUCUUUGUCCCUCAGCGAAAACUGGAAGUCUCCACGGAGGAUGUCCAUUAAUUGAAUGAUUUGGUUUUAAUUUUCUAAAGAGCUAUUUGGAAGGAAAGAGAGACUGAUUUGGAAAACACAUUCUCUGAGAAUACUGUA